AAUCCUACCCUCCCUCAAUGCAUGAUAGAUUCCUUUAGGCCAUAAACACCCCCUCCCUUCAAAAUCUCUAAUCCUCCUCUCACUACCACAACCACUCGUAACAUUUCCUCCCAUGGCGGACCACUCCAACAACCAGAUCCUCCAGGAACUCGAUGCCCUGAGCCACUCCCUCUACCAAGCCCACACCGCCCGCCGCACCGCCUCCCUCGCCCUCCCCCGCUCCGCCAAUCCCACAUCCGAUGCCGCCCCCUCCGCCGACCUUGCGCAGUCCGACAGCCGCCCUCUGUCCCGCCGCAUGUCCAUGUCUCCCUGGCGCUCCCGCCCCAAAUCCCAGCGCGAACUUGGUGAGGACGAGGCCGAGGACAGCCGCCGCGGUCCUCCAUCAAAGACGCAGAACCCAUCUGCGGUGACGGGAGCGACGGUAGGGGAGAAGAAGGGGAUAUGGAACUGGAAGCCGAUGCGCGCUCUGUCCCACAUCAGGAUGCAGCGCCUGGGGUGCCUCUUCUCCGUGGAGGUCGUCGCCGUGCAGGGCCUUCCGGCCUCCAUGAAUGGCCUCCGCCUCUCGGUCGCUGUCCGCAAGAAGGAAACCAAGGAGGGCGCCGUGCAGACCAUGCCUUCGAGGGUCCUGCACGGCUCUGCCGACUUCGAGGAGAUGCUCUUCAUCCGAUGCCACGUUUACUGCAGCGGCGGCUCUGCCACGGGGAAGCCGCUCAAGUUCGAAGCCCGGCCGUUCCUCAUCUCGGUCGUGGCCAUCGGAGCUCCCGAGCUGGAUCUCGGAAACAGUGUCGUGGACCUAAGCCUACUGGUUAAGGAGUCCAUGGAGAGGAGCUUGGAGGGGGCACGGGUCCGGCAGUGGGACACAACGUUCCCGCUCUCCGGGAAGGCGAAGGGAGGUGAGCUGGUCCUCAAGUUGGGGUUUCAGAUCAUGGAGGAUGGAGGUAUCGGGAUCUAUAACCAAGCCGAGGUGGGGAAGUCGAGCAAUAAGGGGAAGGAUUCCUCUUCUCCUUUUGCUCGGAAGCAAUCGAAGACUUCUUUCCGUGUUUCUAGCCCGAGGAUUACAAGACCAGAACAUUCUUCGACGCCGAAUAAAGAGAUGCCGGCGAUCGAUUUGAAGGGGAUAGAUGAGUUCAGUCUUGAUGAGCCAGGCCCCAUGCCUCACUCGAGCUCUCCGUCGAUCCGGAAGUCUGAACCAGAGGUGAAGGAUGAUCUGGACAUUCCAGAGUUCGAAGUUGUCGAGAAGGGAGUGGAGAUUAAAGCAGAGAAAGAGGAAGAAGAAGUAGCAGGGUCUGGAGAGGCUGCAGAUGGAACAUCGGCUUCGAGCGAGGUGGUGAAAGAAGUGGUGCAUGACACCGCCCACCUGAGUCGGUUGACGGAACUGGAUGCAAUUGCCCAGCAGAUUAAGGCGCUCGAGUCGAUGAUGAUGAGGGAUGGAUCAGAUCCUAUGAAGACAGAAGAGGGAGACGAAAUGCAGCGGUUAGACGCCGAGGAAGAGACGGUGACAAGAGAAUUCCUUCAAAUGCUUGAACUGGAGGGUGAGAAAAACACGCCGGACCGUGCCUCUCUGAUGAAACCGGUAGCAGAAGAAGGUAGAAAUGCUGAAACAAGUGUUUUUCUCUCGGAUCUUGGGAAGGGAUUGGGUUGCAUAGUUCGGACAAGGGAUGGAGGAUACUUGGCUGCCAUGAAUCCGUUCGAUGUAGAAGUAGGGAGAAAAGAAACUCCAAAGCUCGCAAUGCAGAUCUCAAAACCAUUAAUUCUUGGGUAUCAGGCAAGUGGUUUCGAGGUGUUUGAGAGACUGGCUGCACUGGACUUGGAAGAAUUGGGUUCCAAGCUCCACUCCCUUGCAGCUAUGGAUGAACUGAUGGGCAAGACGGCCGAGCAAAUAGCAUUCGAGGGAAUAGCAUCGGCCAUCAUUAGUGGAAGGAACAAAGAAGGAGCAAGCUCCAGUGCAGCCAGAUCGGUCGCGGUCCUGAAAACAAUGGCCACAGCGAUGAAUGAAGGCAGAAAAGAGAGGAUUUCGACGGGGAUUUGGAACAUGAGGGAGGAACCAGUCACGAUAGAGGAGAUUCUAACCUUCUCGUUGCAGAAGAUCGAGGCAAUGGCGGUGGAAGCUCUUAAAAUCCAGGCAGGAAUGGCCCAAGAAGAACCUCCCUUCAAUGUCUCAUCUCUGGUUGGCAAAGUAGACGGCAAGAACCCCUUGGACUCUGCCAUACCACCAGAAGACUGGGCAAAAGCCUGCAGUAGUGGAGCAACCAUGAUCACAUUGUUAGUGACUAUUCAAAUGAGGGAUCCAUUGCGGCGAUAUGAGAUGGUGGGAGCCCCCGCGAUUGCUAUAAUCCAAGCAGUGCGAGUGGAUGAUGCUGGAGAUGAGGAAGGGAGGUACAAGCUGGCGAGCUUGCACGUCGGUGGACUGAAACUGAAGUCAGGAGGGCGGCGGAGCAUUUGGGAUGGAGAGAAGCAGAGGCUGACUGCAAUGCAGUGGCUCGUGGCCUAUGGGUUUGGGAAGGCAGGAAAGAAGAGCAAGUUGGUGCAGGCAAAGAGUGGGGAGGAUGUGGUCUGGAGCAUGUCGUCGCGAGUCAUGGCAGAUAUGUGGCUCAAGCCGAUGCGCAAUCCUGAUGUGAAGGUUUCUGAGCAAUAGCAGGGGGUGAUGACCAAGCUCUCCUUGAUAUUGUUUCCUUCCUCUCUGAGAGUAUUAUUCUGAAGUAGGUUGUAAUUGUUUGCUAAGAGAAAUUCCCUGCAGUAAAGUUGGUUUGCAUUGGAAGCAUUACUCAAGUUAGACAUUUAAUAUGUAUGUCAGAAAAGAAAAAAACAAUGAGAAAAUUAAUUUAAAA